AUGACCAUUGUUUUUCUCUCUCCACCCAUCAACACCUUGUCCUUGGCCCAUUCAAGAUGGUUCAUGUUGACACUCAAAGCGUUCUGGUGCGAGGCGUACAGCGCAGCCUGGUUGACCAGGUUCUUCAGAGCUGCACCAGACAUUCCCGUGGUAGUUCUGGCAAUAACAGAAGGGUCAACCUCUUUCGACACAGCAAUGUUCUUCAGGUGGUGUCUCAAGAUGGCCAGACGGCCUCUGACGUCCGGCAGGUCCACAUUAACAACCUUGUCAAAUCUUCCUGGUCUGGUCAAAGCCUUGUCCAACGAGUCUGGGAAGUUGGUUGCACCAAUGAUGAUGAUACCCUCAUUCUCUGACUCUCUUGGCUCCCACACCCACAUACAGCUCGUCGAACUCGGAUCCCGACAUGAAGAAGAACGGGACGCCAGCCUCUCCGGCAGUUGCACGGGCAAGCAGAGUCUUACCGGUACCUGGAGGGCCUGUGAGCAAAACACCCUUUGGAAGCUGACCACCAAGACCGGUGAACUUGGAAGGAUCUUUCAAAAACUCAACAACUUCCUCGAGCUCGGCUCUAGCCUCGUCAACACCACAAACAUCGGAGAAUUUGACGGUAGAUUCGCUAACUUCGACGCUCUUAUCCUCGACGCUCGAACCUUUAAUGAUGGAACCGUUCUCAACAAGAUAGUUGAACAACAAGUACGCUCCGUACGACGUAAGUCCAACAGGAAUAAGCCACUUGAUCCAUUUGGAAAUAGUUAUCAACGGAGACUCUGUCACAAUAACAUGAACAGGAUCAGUUCUGGAACCAUACGCAGAUUGUCCGAAACCCAAGCAAAGAUCGAUCCGGAGAUCCUCUACUACACAACCGAGCUCCAAUAG